AUGGCAGGCUGGGGGGGCUUCUUCGUUUCUCUCCUCAACUACAAGACGGAGAAAUAUGUCAUCGCAGAAAACAAGAAGAUCGGAAUAUUAUUCAGACUCUAUCAGCUGGCCGUGCUGGGAUACAUAAUAGGGUGGGUGUUUGUGGUGAAGAAAGGGUACCAGGAGAAAGAGGAGGCCAUCCAGACCUCAGUCAUCACCAAGCUUAAAGGUGUGACACUGACCAACAGCUCUGAGUCAGGGCUUCACCUGUGGAGUGCUGAGGACUACGUCAUACCUCCAAACGGCGAGCAGGUGUUCUUCAUAGUAACAAAUUACAUAGAGACCCCCAAUCAGAGACUGGGGUUCUGUGCUGAGAGUUUCAAGGUGCCGAAUGGACGAUGUCGAAGUGAUGAUGACUGCGUCGAGGGGGAGACUGUUUUAGCCGGCCAUGGAAUCAAGACCGGCUUGUGUUUAAACAGCACUGGGACCUGUGAGAUUCACGCCUGGUGUCCUGUUGAACACAGCAGGAGACCCACAGAGCCCUUACUGAGCGAAGCAGAAAACUUCACCAUCUACAUCAAGAAUUUCAUUAGGUUUCCAAAGUUUGAAUUCUCCAAGUCGAACGUCCUUGAAACGUCUGAUGACAACUACCUGAAAAGAUGCUUGUACGACAGAGAGACCCAUCCUUACUGCCCUAUCUUCCGCCUCGGAGAUCUGGUCAGCUGGACUAGACAUGACUUCCAGGACAUGGCUGUUAAGGGUGGGUCUGUUGGUAUUCUUAUUGAGUGGAACUGUGACCUGGAUAAAGACUCUUCACAGUGUAAUCCACAGUACAGCUUCACCCGUUUAGACAUGAACCUGAACAACUCAGUCACAUCAGGAUACAACUUCAGAUAUGCCAGGUAUUACAAGGAUGAAAAUGGUGAAACCUAUCGCACUUUGUACAAAGUUUAUGGAAUUCGCUUCGAUAUAAUGAUCAAUGGCCAGGCUGGGAAAUUCAAUAUUGUUCCCACAAUAAUUGCCAUUGGUUCGGGUGUUGCUCUGCUGGGUAUAGGAGCCUUUGCAUGUGAUAUGAUUCUACUGUACAUGAUGAACACCAGCUCCUUCUACCGAGAGAGGAAGUUUGAAAUCAUCAACUUCAAGAGAGACCGGACCAAACACAAGGACGGAAAGGCGGGACCCCGGGAGAAGAGAUCCAGGAAACCAGCUGCAGAGAAAGGGGCCGGCAACUCUGUCAAAAAGCCAGAGGAAGCUGAACCCGCUGACGAGUCUUCUCCCGCCAGAGAGAGCGAGUCAUCAGUGGAGAGACGGGGUCCCACCAUUCCACGCAACACAGGACAGAGAUACUCGGCCAUUCUCUCUACUCAAGGUGCAGAGCCAAGGCAUCAUAUCACUUUCUCUCCACACAGUUAA